CGCAGAGUCCUGCCCUGUAGGGGCCGGGAAUAGUUCGCGUAAUUUGGGGAACACGGGCACCCUUGGCUCGGAGCAGACGUCCCCACAGUUGUAGCCGGGAGGCUCGGGCUUCCUUCUUGGGUGUUCAUGGGGGGCGAGCGGCUGGGUGGUGCCCACCGUGGUGGUGGAGGUCCCGCUUGACCCCCGAGGACCCGGGUUUGGGGGGAAGCGUUGGCCUAGAGCAAACCAGAUUUGAAUGGUGAGGGGCUGCUGGGGCGAGUGACCGGGGUCGGCGACCUCGGAGCCCUGGGGAAAAUGAAACGGCCUAGUGGAGUCAGCCAUGUGCUGGCUUGCGUCGGAGUCCUUGUGCCCCCCAUGAGCUUCGGGACACAGAACUUUCACCAAACCCCACGGUGCUGCUGGUUGACCCCUUGAAUUACUCGGGGUGAAGCAGGGUGAAGAGGACCCAGCUGCAGGCUUGGGAGUUUCCAGCCUGCAGUCUGGGCUGGGAGAGAAUCCUGAGGCUGGAGCUGCUUCUGUUGUGCCCAAGUCGGCCCAGGAGCGCCCUGAGCUCCCUCCAAGUCCAGCGGGGCUGCCUAUGAGGGAAGGGAGAACUCCUAGGGGCCUGUAAGCCCCGUCUCAGCUCUGCCUCUGCAACUUGACUGUUCUCUAGGAAGAGCACUCAGCAGGCCAGGAAUAUGGCCCCAGGGCUCCUGACAAUCAGGGACGAGGCACUAAUGGCCUUCCGGGAUGUAGCUGUGGCCUUCACCCGGAAAGAGUGGAAGCUACUAAGUCCUGCUCAGAGGAUCCUAUAUCGGGAUGUAAUGCUGGAGAACUACAGCCACUUGGUGUCGCUGGGAAUUGCCUUUUCCAAACCCAAACUCAUCACACAACUGGAGCAAGGGGACGAGCCCUGGAGAGAGGAGAGCGAAUGUCUUCUGGACCUUUGUGUAGCAGAACCAAGGAAAGAAUUCCAGCCCCGUCUGUCCUACCCGGUGGCCUUUUCCACUCCGCAGCUCCUCAGAAAAUAUGUGCUGUGCGGUCAUCCCCCGCAAAUCCUGCCAAGCUCUUCUGCAGGGAGCCACUUCCCACUAGAAGUUCCAAGCUGCUCAAGUGAGAAAGCAGACGAUGGAGGGAGAGGAAACUCUGACACCAUUUUCAGGAGGCUGCCACAGAAUGGGAGUUCGAGUGUAUUCUUCAGCCCAUUUCAAGCUCAGCCAGUAGACAGAAUAGUAGGUAACAGAGGCGGAGGAAUAGACCAGGGGCUGACCUCUGAGGAGGCAGACACAAUGUUGACGGAAGCAAACAUCUCAGAAUCUGGAGCAGUGAUAUGUGGAAAGUAUAGACUAGGCCUUAGCACAAACGUCAGCCUCUUUAGCCUCCAGAAGCAUCAUGUGUGCCCUGAAUGUGGCAGAGGCUUCUGUCAGAGGUCAGACCUCCUCAAGCACCAGAGGAUGCACACAGGGGAGAAGCCUUACAGUUGUAGGGAGUGUGGGCGGGGCUUUGGCCGGAAGUCCUCCCUCACCAUACACCAGAGGAAACACUCGGGGGAGAAACCGUACAUGUGCAGGGAAUGCGGGCGACACUUCAGGUACACGUCCUCGCUCACCAACCACAAGAGGAUACACUCUGGGGAGAGACCUUUUGUGUGUCAGGAGUGUGGGCGAGGCUUUCGCCAGAAGAUUGCCCUCAUCCUGCACCAGAGGACACACCUGGAGGAAAAGCCCUUCGUGUGUCCCGAGUGUGGGAGAGGCUUCUGCCAGAAGGCAUCGCUUCUCCAGCACCGCAGCUCACAUUCAGGUGAGAGGCCCUUCUUGUGCCUCGAGUGUGGGCGUGGCUUCAGGCAGCAGUCGCUGCUCCUCAGUCACCAGGUCACACAUUCAGGGGAGAAGCCUUAUGUUUGUGCUGAGUGUGGGCACGGUUUUCGCCAGAAGGUCACCCUCAUCAGACACCAGAGGACACACACAGGGGAGAAGCCUUACCUGUGCUCUGAGUGUGGGCGUGGCUUUAGCCAGAAGGUCUCCCUCAUGGGACACCAGAGGACGCACACAGGGGAGAAGCCUUACGUGUGCCCCGAGUGUGGGAGGGGCUUUGGUCAGAAGGUCACCCUCAUCAGACACCAGAGGACACACACAGGGGAGAAGCCUUACCUGUGCUCCGAAUGUGGACGCACCUUUGGCUUCAAGUCACUCCUCACCAGACACCAGAGGACACACUCAGGGGAGGAGGCUGAUGUGUACAGAGUGUGUGAGCGAGGACUUAGCCAGAAGGCCCUGCUCACAUCUGAUCAGAAGACACACUCAGCACAGAAGCCAUGUGUGUGUGGUGAGUGUGGGCGUGGCUUUGGCUUCAAGUCAGCCCUCCUCAGACACCAGCGGACUCAUUCGGGAGAGAAGCCAUACAUAUGCAGGGAGUGCGGCCGUGGCUUCAGCCAGAAGUCUCACCUCCACAGACACAGGAGGACCAAGUCCGGCCAUCACCCCCUGCCACAAGAGCUGUUCUCCUGACCUUUACCUCCCAUGAGUGUGAAGAUGGCAGAAGUCACUAGGAAAUGUUCUACUUUGCUCAAAUGCAGUGGAGAAAAAUAUAUACUGCAUUCUUUUAGUCAUCAGAUCACUGAUUUAUGGUCUCCCUCCUGUGCUAGCAAUGUGUUUUAUUUGCUAGGGCUGCCAUAAUAAAAUAGCAUAGGAUUGGUGCCUUAAAGAACAAACUUCUUUUCUACAGUUUUUGAGACAAGAUAUCCAAGAUCAAUGUGUAAAUAGUUUGGUUUCUACUGAAGCUCCCUCCUCGGCUUGCAGAUGUGACUGCAUUCUUGUUGUGUCCUCACAUGGCCUUUAUUCUGUGUGGGUGCUUUCCUGGUAUCUCUCCCUCUUUUAAGGACAUCAGCCAUAUUGGGUUAGAGAACUUUUAAAGACCCUGUCAUUAAAUAACUCACAUUGUA